AUGCCGGAUCAAAUCGAUCGAGAUUGGACGGAGGAGGAGAAGUAUGGUCUAUUGACGGUGAUACUCCGCAAUGCCGGUGUUCCGUCAAACCAUCUUGUUGAGCUCAUUCGGCAGCUCCAUAUAUCGCCGCCAUGGUUCGACAUGCCUUUACCGCCAGGUCGGUCUGUGAACGAAUGCAGACAACAAUUCCAAAGCAUGUGGCAGUCGAGCCACCCGCCGCCAGCACCCGUCCGUUCAACAGAGUCAUGGCAAGUGCCCCCUCCGCCGCCAGGAUAUCCGGGUUUCAACUCAUCGCCCGUGAAUGCGGCACCUCUUACCUCGUCAUCGGCCCACGAUCCUUAUGCGUCACGCAAACGGCCGCUCUAUCCAACAGAGAAACCCAAUCUCCCGCGUGCUAUUCAACCACGGCCCCCGCAUAGCAAUGUACAACAGUUUGGCCAGGACGCUGGGUCUCCCGGCCCAAUUUCUCCCGGAUGGGGGGAUCAUCUUUCGGGAAAGGGAGGACAAGAGCCGCCGAGGAAGAGAGGCAGGCCGAGUAAAAUGGAAUCUGAGCGGCGGAAAGCAGAGGCCGAGGCUCGUGGAGAAUCAUAUCCACCACCGCGGCGUCGCCUAUCCAAGACGAAGAAUAAUCCGGCGACGCCUUCUGGGGGUGCCAGUGCUACGAGCGACAGUUCUAUGGUUUCACCAAUGCAUGUGGCCCAUACGCCGGAGAUACAGAAGCAAGAACGACUUCCAGACACCCCAGCACCCAGAGACGUACCCCCCGAGCAGGGCGUCAACACGCAGCCAACUGGUGCUGACACUUCAGAUACACCCGACAUAGAUCCGGUCAAGGGUAUAAUACGCUCACAAAGCAGUCAAGACCGACGACUGCCGCUGCCGUUUCCCCCUAGUCGAGAGAGUUUCAGCAUGCAACGAACAUCACCUCGCGAGCCGCCCCUCGUAUCCCAAACCACCAACGUGUUUGAGCACGCGCCUGCUCCACGACUGCAGGAAAAGACCAUGCAUCCACCACCGGCAGAACCCCGCCUCCUUGCCCAAGCACAGAGUGGACCACCGAUGCAUCAAAGCGGAGGAUAUGUCACGGCAGCUAUAUCGCCGCAUCCUGGCGAAACGAAAACAUGA